AUGUCUGCCUCUGCUUUGAAGCGGUCCCGCUCUACCUCCCCAGCAUCACACUCUAGCAAGCGUAGUUGUGUAGGAAGCCCUGCAGGCUCUGCCAAUGUCCGCUUCCUGGUCCUCUCCGACACGCAUGGAUGCGAAUUGCCAUCUUCGCUUCCAAAAUGCGAUGUCCUCCUUCACUGCGGCGACAUUACCGAAGAUGGUUCACCCGAGAGCAUCGAAAAAGCGCUCCAAGCACUGGGCAGCAUUGAAGCUGAGCUCAAGCUUGUAAUAGCAGGAAAUCACGAGAUUUCCAUGGACAAAGACUACUAUCUGGCUGAAGGUGGAUCAGCUGAAGACCUCGAAAAGACUCUGAAGCUCACCAGCCAUACCUCCUCCUCAGUGGCUAGCAAGAAUGGUAUCACCUUUCUCGAAGAAGGCACACACCCCUUCACUCUCUCCUCGGGCGCCUCCUUCACCAUUUAUGCAUCUCCCUUCACGCCCAAGUACGGUGCUUCAGCCUUCCAAUACCCCACCGGCGAAGACCGAUACAACCCCGCUGAAUUUUCGCAUUCGUGGGCAAAAAAUGUCGGUACCGAAAUGUCGACUAUCCCAGAAAACGUCGACAUAGUCAUGACUCACGGGCCGCCCAAAUAUAUUUUAGACUCGACUCCCGAUGGUAGCAGCGCAGGAUGUGAGCAUCUGCGCCGGGCUAUAGAGCGGGUCCAGCCAAAGCUGCAUUGCUUUGGACAUGUUCACAAGGGCUAUGGGGCCCAGAGACUAGCGUUUGACACAAAAGUCAAGAUUGGUGGGGAGGCCGAUUCCAUAAACCCGCUUCAGAAAGAAUGGGUUGGAAAGAAUCAGGCCAAGAAGAAGGGAUUCGCGAGCAUUCCUCCCGGCUCGCUUGAGGACCUUCGCUCCAGCAAGCAAACGCUGUGUGUGAACGCGGCGAUGGAGGGAGAGAAGGGCUUGCUGGAGAACGCACCCUGGGUUGUUGACCUAGAGUUCCCACGAUCUGCAUUCCUGCAGAUGCUGAUUGGUAAGUCGGCCGCAGCAACGACCGACAUCAAACUUCCGCUGUUCACAUUUCGAAUACUGUGGUCCUACGAACAACCCAACGCACAAAAGACCAGCAACAUGACGGCAUCUUCAUCACUCGUCCUCUACCGCCCUGGCCCUUCAACUUCACUGACAACGAAGCCAUCCCCAACAUCACUCAUCUCCAGCCGGCUAUUCACCCACCAAACCGGCACCGCCAUCGCCACAGAACUCCUCUACCGGCUCCUCUUCGACAUCAUAAACCGCUUCCUCGCCUCCUUUCAGCGUCUCGCAUCCCGAGGCAUCGAAGAAGCAACAUCCUGGCUCGAGCAGAAGAUGCAAGAGCGUCGCGAGAGGCUGCAAGCGCAGGGCACCCAGCAGUUGAAGAUUGUCCAGGAAGUCGGCAAGCUCGCAGAAGAUCGGGGAUUCAUCACGUGUCCGAUAGGUGGGGAGCGUGGGGCUGCGAGACAGCCGCCGUGGGUGAAGAGCGUGUUGGUGGGGAUUGAGGAGGGGAGGUUGCAUGAUCGGGACUUUUAUACGAAUUCGUGGUGA